AUCUGUCAUUAUCAGUCUGUAUUGUGCCGGUACUCACUAGCUUUUUGUACCAAAUUUUUGAAUUAGAUAUAAAAUUUAGUUUUCUCUAGCUUUUACAAAAUAUAUUUAUUUCGAUAUGGAUGGAAUAUCAAACUAUAACACCUUUUUGGCUAUGCACAAGCCUCAAUUAGUUUCAUCGGGCGUUCCUGAACAUUUUUGGCACACAUUGUGCAAAAAAUUACGUGAUCAAAUUUUAGAUUCUGGUGUGGCUUUUGAAUUAAUGCAGAUAGAUUAUGAAGACAAGCAGAAAAUGCCUUAUGACCCCAUUUGGUGUGUAAUGGCAAUAACUGAUAUAGACAAGGCGAAUUCAGAUCACAUUUAUCUCGUAGAUCAUGCGUGGACUUUUAAGGCCAAUAGUGUAAAGAGGAACCUAAGAAAUGUUCCUGGCCUUUUAGAAACUAUGUGUAAUUAUAUGCAAAUAACAAGUACUGAUGCUGAAGAAAGAAUUGAAGAAGUAUCGCGAAAUAUAUGGCGUUACGCGCACACCUACGCUAUAUCAGGCAGUGAAUUUUCUGUCGAAGAUCGGGUACCCGUGUGGUAUGUAUUAGAUUUGUUGGGUUUCGGUAUCAUACAUUCUGAUAAUCCCAAUUUUCGUGCCGUACCAUUUAUUUAUGUGCCUCAUCAGUUGACAUAUACUUUACUUUUUCCUAUUGAAAAUGUUGAAGAAGGUGACACAAUUACUGUAAACUUUGUGGAGGGCCAUUACCCUGAUCCCAAACAACGGGAAGCUAUGCUUAUACCUUGGAAGCACUAUGAAUAUUUUGAUGAAGACUUUACCCAGGAAGAACCAGAUAAAAGGUACUUCUUAGAAGGACAUAUUAUUGAAACUCUACCCUAUGUAGAAAUAUUACAACUUAGGCAAACCAGAUCUGAAAAAUUGAAAGUAUUUUCAGAAUAUUCUCUGAUCAAUGAACAUUUGACUUUACCAGAUUUUGAAAUUGUUGACAAUGACGGAGAUGCUGAUAUUUUGUGGUUAACAAAUCAUUUUAAAAAUUAUCAAGAAUUUAGUGUUGAUUCACCACAUAAAUUUAUUAAUCAGUUUCCUUUUGAGUAUGUGAUCACAAUAAAAGAUCUUUUAGCUAUUGUUGCUAGGAGGUGUUAUGAACAAGGCAAUAACGUUGACAAGGAUAAGCUAGAAACAUUGCCAACAUGGUUACCUACCACAUUUAAUAUGAAGACUGAGCUUUCAAAACUUGUUGCUUACUAUAUGCAAAGAAAGAAAAACGGUUUAGAUAACCAUUGGAUUUGCAAACCUUAUAACUUAGCAAGAGGUUUGGAUAUUAAUAUAACUGAUAAUUUGAACUUUUUAUGUCGACUGCCAUUAACUGGACCAAAAAUUGCUCAAAAAUAUAUACACAAUCCAGUUUUAUUUGAAAGACCAAAUGUAGGGUUGGUUAAAUUUGAUAUUCGUUAUGUAAUCCUGUUGAAAUCUGUUAACCCUAAUGAAGUUUACAUUUACAAUAAUUUCUUUCUUAGAUUUUCUAACAAAGCCUUUUCUCUUGACAAUUUCGAAGAUUACGAGAAACAUUUCACUGUAAUGAAUUAUGCUGAAGGUGUACAACUGUAUAGAAUGCUUUGUGCAGAAUUUAAAGAGAACUGGGCGAAACAAUAUGAUAAUUUUUCUUGGGAUGAAGUGGAAAAAUCGAUAUUCAAGAUGUUUGCUGAAUUAUUCACUGCGGCAACCUCUAAACAACCACCAUUUGGAAUUGCUAAGAGUCCACAGUCCAGAGCGGUUUACGCUGCUGAUUUAAUGUUAAGCUGGGAUACAAAUAAAUCAGUCAUAGAACCUAAAUUGUUAGAAGUAAACUGGAUGCCAGAUUGUCAGCGUGCUUGUGUGUACUAUCCUAAUUUCUACAAUGACAUAUUUUCUGUACUGUUUUUAGAUAAAGAGGUUGAAACAUGCACAAAGAUACUUUAAACUCUAAAGCAUCAAUAUAACCACAAUUUUUUUGCAAUUGCAUUUGCUACAAGGAUUCUAGUCAAUAUUGUCAUAAAUUUUGCAGCAUAAUUGCUUUAAACAUUACCAUAUAAUGAUGUUAUAAAAUGGCAAAAGCUUCUAAAACGGCUAGGCUUUUGCCUGAUUGUAUAAAAUGUUUAUGUAUGUAUGAUUACACUGUUAUGAAUGUGCCUUGCAAAUAUAAUUAUUAAGACAAAAUGUAUGAGCUAAA